AUGACUACUCAGAUCAUUCCCUCAAACCCUGAUUCAAUCAAAACUAGGUUUACUUACAGUUUUGUUCGAGCCCUGAAGAAACUGAACAAGAGUAGAGGCGCUUCAGUUUCACCAUCCAUGAAGGAGACAUACAGGAGAUAUCAUAUGAUUAGAGUUGCAUCCUACGCAUCCAUGGCUUCUGCAGUCGGGUCGAAAAGAGCCUGGAGCCGGGCAGUACUAUGGAAGAUUAGAAACCGUACUUCACAUCGCGCUUUGAAGAAAAAAAGCAGAAUCCAUGCUUUGACGAGGACAAAAGUAAGAGAAAACCCUAGAAGUGACUUAAAUUUUCAUCAGGAAAAUGAUCUGAGGAAGCUUGUACCAGGUGGUGAAGGUAUGGAUUUUUGCAGAUUGUUGAAUGAAACUGCUCACUACAUAAAAUGCCUUAGAACACAGGCGACGACGAUUGUGGUGGUUUGGGCGGUGGUGGUUGUUGGUGUUAUUGUUGGUAGGAUUGGGGACGGGUGCGGCGGAUGGGUCGAAAUGUCUGUGACCUGUGACAAAUAA